AUGUUUGCUCCUCAAGUCUUCUACCAGAACGGAUAUCGUGCACCCUAUUCCUACUCGUACAACCAGCCCAUGAUGCCUAUAGCUCCUCAGGCGCCUCCAACCCCACCAAAAAUCCCGUCAUUAACGAUAGAGCUUCCAACCUACACUUACGUCCCUACGAAGCAAGUGAUUAUACCGUUCGACAAGAAACUGUCUCAUAAUGGUAUGUUUAACAGCAUGGAUGAAGCUAUGAGCUUCCUGUCAAAGCACUGCAUAAAAUAUCAUGGCCAGUUUACACGACAAUUAGCGCGUGUGUACUCGAAGCUUUGCUAUGUCCUUGACCUCGUAAAUGGCACAUACUGUCCAAUGAACGAUUUGUCAAAGAAAGAUUUCAAUGCUGCUUUCUUAAAGUUCAGCAAGAUGAAUUAA